AUGUUCUCUACUGCUACUACUGUUCUACUGCCUCCUCUAUCAGGAGAUCCUUUCGCUGUGUUCUGUGCGUGUGCAUCCAUGUUAGGCCCUCUAACUGUCGGGUUAGGUUUAGGCUUCACUGGCUCCACCAUAGAUACGAUGCGAAACUCGGUCCUGGCACCAAGUGGUGCCCAUAUAGAUAUUGGUUCGUCAUCCGAUCUUCACGUAUUCACAUCAACAACCGUCUCUAGCGUCUUCAGUGCUGCUCUUACUCUUGGUGCUCUCAUCGGUACACUCUCUGGUGGUCCAGUAGCAGAAGCUACUGGUCGCCGACUUGCCUUACUCAUAUCGUCCCCUCUCAGUAUUGGAUCAUAUCUGGCCAUUGCCCUCGGACAUAGUCCUUAUCUGCUUGUCGCGGCCCGAUUAGUAGCUGGCUUCUCAAUGGGUAUCUGCUCAUUCGUAUCAUCAGUCUACAUCAGUGAGGUCUCUCCAAACAAGCUUCGUGGCUUUCUUGGUGCCUGUACACAACUAAUGAUGGCUGGUGGUAUCACUCUAGUAUAUGCUAUCUGCUUGGGAGCUAGGACCAGUGCUGGUUCACUUGAUCCUUUGGCAACAUCUUCAACCUUUUGUGACUGGCGACUAGUAGCAUUCAUCUGCAUUAUUCCUCCAAGCUUGCUCUUCUGUCUAAUGUUCUUUGCGGUGGAAUCUCCAAGAUGGCUCGCAACUCGAGGUCGUACCGACGAAGCACGUGCUAUUCUUUUGCGACUUCGGGGUUCAAACGAGGAUGACAAGAGUCUGAUAGCUGAAUUGGAUGCGCUCGAGUCGAUCGUAGCAUCUCGUGGUGAGAAAGAUGGUAUCAAGGCCAGAUUGUCGGUACUGUGGUCUUGCAAAAGGCAAGCAGUAAUUGCCGUAGCUCUCAAUGGUCUCACACAAUUCACAGGACUCAACGCUCUUGCAUUCUACCAAACGACGUUCUUUCUUGAAGCUGGAUUGGAGAAUGCAGACGUCCUUGCCUUGACAGUACAGCUUUCCACUGUUAUUGCGAAUGUUGUGGCUUGCUUCUUAAUGGAUCGUAUGGGAAGGAGGCCUCUCUUGAUAAGUAGCAGUAUUGGGAUGUGUAUAAGCCAGAUUAUGAUAGCAACAUUUUUCUAUGAGGAUAAUGUUAAUGGUCAAGAAGAUCUUGCCUGGUUAAUUCUGUUGGGAUCGUAUUGCUAUCAGAUUACUUAUGCAUGGGGUGUGGGUCCUAUUCGAUGGAUGGUCGCUGCUGAGUUGUUCCCCGAUGAAGCUCGUGGUUUGGCAUCCAGUCUCGCCACCACAUCCAAUUGGUUCUGUGCUUUCCUCUUUAUACUCUUCCUUGAUACGGUCAUUAAUGCGACAUCUCUCCAAGCAGUGUUCUACUUCUUUGCUUGUGUAGCAGCUUGUAUGACAGCUUUCGAAUGGUACAUGGUACCAGAGACUAAGGGUAAGACUCUGGAAGAGAUCCAGAAUAUCUUCUCAUGA